AUGAAAAGUGAAACGGAAGAUUUUUUAAUUGCUUUUUUAUUUGAUAUAGCUUUCUUUGUAGUGUGUGUAGGAAUAUGGUUAUAUGUUAGAAAAAAUAGAGAUGAGAAUAAAAUUAAUGACAAUAUUUAUAUAUUAAGUCAAAAUACAUAUAGUGAGAUUAAAGUAGACAGGGAUUUUUCAUGUUCAAAGGAUGAUAACCAUAUUGAAAUGAGAAGAAAAUCCAACAAAUUUAGAACUUUCUUAAAUAUAAAGGAUGAUCAAAUUGUAAAUACAGAAAUUAAAUAUUAUUUAUUCUUUUUAAAAACAAAUAGAAAUAUAAUAUUUUCUUUAUGCAUAUUAGGAACUUUUAUUGUUAUACCUUUAUAUCUUUCUUUGCCAAGGGAUGAUAUUAACAACCCUUCUUUUUUUAAUUAUAUAAGUGCAGGAAGUAUAUCAGACAUUAAUGUAUUAACAAUUUUAUACUUCAUAACAUUAAUAUAUAGUGCUAUAUCAUAUGCUUUUAUUUAUUUAUUAUGGAGAAAAAUAAGGCCAAGUAAAAAGAAAACAAAAAAAUUUCUUCCACAAAAUUUUACUAUAAUGGUUUCACGUAUAGAUAAAAAUGAAAUAAAUGCAUAUAAGAUUUACAAGUAUUUUUGCGAUUUAACAAAUAAUAAAGUUGUAUCAGCAUAUUUAAUAUUGGAUUAUUCAAUAGUAUAUGAUGAACAAAAAAAAAUAUUUAAUGCUACGAAAAACUUAAAACUACUAAAAGAAAAUGAAGAAAAAAAAAAUAUCAAAAGAGAUAAAUCUAAAAAUAAUAUUUUUUACUUUUGGGAUAAGAAAAAAAAAAAUAAGAGCAAAUUACUUCACGAUACAAAUAAUAGAAAAAGACAUGGUACUAAUGAAAAAAAUUAUUCAAGUGAUUAUAUUAAUACUGUAAAAAAAGAGGAUAAAGGUAUAUUGGAUAAUAAAAAAUUAUUAAUAAAUUAUAAUUUAGAUACUAAAAAUGAUUAUGCAUACGUAAAUAAUAGUCUCCUUUUAAAUGAAACAAAAAGUUCUAGUUUAUUUAAAGUUGAUAGUCAAAAAAUCAAAGGAAAAAUUAUUAUAAAUAAUUGCGAAUCAAAAUAUAUGUUAAGUAAAAGUAACUCUUUAGAUAAUACACAUAAGAUAAAAAAAAAUAACUUGAAUAAUUCUAUAUUACAAAAUAAUGAACCAAGAGAAAAUGAAGAAUCAUCUAUUAAGAGCAAUAAAAAUAAUUAUUAUAUAAAUGAAUUUCAGAAAUUUAAGAGUAAUGAUAAAAAGCAAGAUAGUACAGAUGCAUAUAAUGAUAUAGAAUAUAAAGAAAGUGAUAAACUAGAUAAUAAUUUUUUUAAACAGAACUCAAAAAGUUUUUUGAUAAGAAGUAAAAGUAAAGAUAAUUGUAAACAAAUAUGUAAAAGAAAAAAGUGGAGAGAAUUGUGUAAAGAAGAAAAUGAUGAGAUGGAAAUAAAAAGGAAAUACGAUAAAACUUAUAAUGAAGACGUAUGCUUUUUAAAAGAUACAAGUGAUGAUGAAGAAACACUAAAAGAAGAAAAAAUAAAUAAAGUAAAUAUUAUAGAUAAUGAGUAUGGCUAUAAAUUAGGAUUGCAUGAUAGUCUAGCAAGAAGUAACAAUACUGAAAUGUUAUUCUAUGAUUUGGAAAAUCUUUCAACUAAAGAAAAUGAUAAUAUAGAAUUAAAUUAUAAAGAAAAAGAUGGGGAAUUUGAAUCGAAAUUAAGAAGUAGUUUUUUACAUAAAUUUAUGUUUUUUUUUCAAAAAAAUAAAAAAAGUCAUUGGAAAAAAAAAUUAAAAGAACAUUUAAUAAAAUUUUAUUCAAUAAAAAAUGAAACUCCCAAAAAAUCUACAGGUGUAUGUUUUGUAUCUUUUAUUGAUACGAAAUCUGUUCAUGAUUGCAUUCAUAAUAUUCCAUAUACUGAAAGAAACAAGUGGGUAAUAUCAAAAGCUCCACCAAACUAUGAUAUUAUUUGGAAAAAUUUGAAAAACCAUAGCUAUAAGGUUUGUGCGCGUUUUAUUAUUUUAAAUGCAUUACUAUUAUUAGCUAAUACAAUAAUUAUUAUAUCAGUUACUUCAAUUGAUAAUAUAUUAAAAUUAAGAGUAAAUAAAUAUAGAGAAGAUCCCAAUUCAUCAAACAUUACUUCAAUUUUAAUAACUUGGUUAUCGCCAUUCAUUGUUAUUUUUGUCAACAGUAUUAUUCAACCAGCAUUAAUUUCUUGUGUUUCAAUUGCUAUUGGAUUCAUAAGGAAAUCAAGUGAACAUACAUAUGUUUUACAAGGAAAUUUUAUUUUUUUAAUUUUAAACACAAUAAUUAUUCCAUUAUUGUCAUUGUCACCUCUAAGCUCUUUACUUAAAGUAAUGUAUUCUGAUGAAAUAGAACAAUGGACUACACGUUUAAGAGAAUAUCUUUUUAAUUCAAGUGGAUUUUUUUCUAUGAGAUAUUUAUUUCAUUGUUGCUUUUUAACUUGUGCAAAUCAACUGUUACAAAUUCCUCAAUUUUCAAUACGUUCAAUUGUUAAAAAGAUAACAAAAAAAGAAAUUGGUGCAUGGACAUUUGAUUUUGGUUAUUGGUAUGGAUUUAACACUUCUAUUUUAGCAUUGAUACUAACAUUUAGUGUUGCUGUUCCAUUUAUACUACCAUUGGGUUCUCUGUAUUUUUUUUUACGUUAUUAUAUAGAUAAAUAUAAUCUUAUUUAUGAAAUAUGUAGAACAAAUUUAGAUAGUCAUGGAGCAGUUGUCAGAACAGCAAUUAAAUUUAUGCUUUUUUCCGUAGCGUUUUUUCAACUUGUUAUGUUUACGUUUUUUUCAAGAGUACAAAAUGAAUUUAUCUCAGUUGGUAGAAAUAUUCUAUUUUUAUCAUCAUCUCUUACAACAUUACUACUUCUGUGCAGAUCUACUGAAUGGGUUAGUACCCAUCAUAUAAAAAAGAAAAAAGGAAAAAGAACAUUUUGUUAUUUAUGUGAGAAAAAUGUAUAUGUAAGUAAUUUGAAAGAUUUAAACAAAUUGAAAUAUGCAUAUGCUAAUCCGUGUGAAUCUAAAAGGUAG